UUGCAGGAUGUCAUACGAGAAGAGUUUGCACAUGUUCAAUUGAAAAAUAUAAAACGGUUAGCAACCCUAGGUGUGGGAGGAUUUGGACGAGUAGAAUUAGUUUGUAUUAAUGGUGACAAAUCCCGGACGUUUGCUCUAAAAGCAUUAAAAAAGAAACAUAUCGUAGAUACCCGGCAACAAGAGCACAUUUUUGCGGAGCGAAAUAUUAUGAUGGAGACUAACUCUGAAUGGAUUGUGAAAUUAUUCAAAACAUACCGUGAUACAAAAUACGUGUACAUGCUUCUCGAAGUGUGCCUGGGUGGAGAGUUGUGGACAACGUUACGAGACAGAGGUCAUUUUGAUGACUACACUGCUCGAUUUUAUGUUGCCUGCGUGCUCGAAGGAUUAGAGUACCUCCACAGAAAACAUAUAGUAUAUCGUGAUCUCAAGCCGGAAAAUUGCCUGCUCACCAACACGGGAUACCUCAAACUAGUCGAUUUUGGUUUUGCCAAGAAGUUAGCGUCUGGUAGAAAAACAUGGACGUUCUGUGGAACACCAGAGUACGUGUUUUUGUUAUGCCCAUAA